AUGGCCAUGCAAUUGAUUGUGCUCAACGUAGAAAUGGAUACACCUGCCGAAGAAAUCUGGUAUGUUUUGCCGGAGUAUGUGUUUUAUGGAAUAUUCUGCGUCUUGCUGGGAGUGGAUAUCCGCUAUAUCAACUUGCGAGGGAGGAAAAGCACCCAUAAAGUCAACAAAUAUCUUUUGAUCACACUAUGUUUAAUGUUUACAGCGGCAACACUGCAUUUAGCUUGCACAACUUGCGGAGUAUACAUCGAUAUUAAGCAUCAGUUUCUCGAGGCCCUCCGCAUUUCACAAGAUUUCAACAAUUAUGAGUCAACAACAAUAGUGGUAGGAGUGAUUACGCAGGCUGCUUUUGUCAGCCAGCUAUGGCUUGGUGACGGAUUCAUGUUGUAUAGGUUGUGGAAGGUGUGGAACCACGACAAACGGGUAGUCAUCCCCAUGACUGUUGCCUUCCUCAUCAACAUACCGCUCGGAGCUCUCGUGAUAUCAGAGAUCUUCAUUGAAUUUGCCAUGACACCCCUUCUGGCCACGAGCUGCGCAGUACAUCUCGGUUGCACAGUUGUAAUGAAUGUUAUUGUACCUCUGGUCGGCAUUGUCUUCUCCGCAAUAAUAAUCCGGAUGGGCCUUGGCCUGUCGCCCGAGACAUACUACACCACACGUGGAAACACUGAGGAAAUGAGCGGCGUAAAUGCCGUUCCAGCCGACGCAACCAUCGCCUUUGCUCCUGGCACGUCUACCUGCUCAAUAGAAACAGUUUAG